AUGCAGUCAGGGGAGUCUCUGGAGAAAUUACAAACAUUUCUACAAAAUACAGCCACUGGACACCACAAGUACAUGACCCUGGUGGACACGGGCUGUUCGUUCCGGUUUUGCGGUUACUGCGGUGCCAGUUGUGCUCUCCGUAGGUGCGGGGCGUGUUUCCAAGUCUACUACUGCUCCAAGACAUGUCAGAGGGCACACUGGCGCCACCACAAAGCACUUUGUCGGCAGCAGCUGAUGACUCCACGGGGCCCCACCUUCGCCUCAGGCCAGUCGUUCCCAGAAAAGGGAACAGGUGACGCGACCUUUAACUCGGACAACGUUGCACACGCAUCGGACUUUACCCCUGCCAAAGGUGAUGGCGACGCCAAAUCCAAGCAUGUAAGUUUUGGUGUAAGCGGUCGAGUACACUGUGCCCCCUGUUUAGAGAAGAGAGAUGAGAUGAGAGGUGUGUGUCCGCAGGCUUGUCAUGAGGCCAGCAGACCGCUCAAGAGCUGUGGACGCUGUGGGGCUGUCAUCUACUGCUCAAAGGCAUGUCAGCGAGAGGACUGGCCUUCGCACAAGGUGUCCUGCAAGAAGACAGAACGCUCUACAGAUGACUGCAAGGUGUUUGACGACUUUGCGCGCCAUCUGGGGACAGAACUGCCGGAUUACCACACGCAGCCCGGCAGCUGGGACUCGAACAAAAGCAUCCUGACGUGGCCACAGGCCCUAAAGGAGGCGGAAACGCGUUACCCCAACAAGUUGCUGCUGACGCGCAUCAGGGACGUGACCUACGAAUAUGACCUCAGCGUCGGCGGCAUGGCCUCCAGUGUCCUGGUGCUGCGCCUGUCACGACCCCACCUCGACGUCUUUCGCCAUGGCUGGUACUUGCAGGACACCAAAGGGCAAGAGAUUCCUGUGUUUUUCUACCUGGAUCACGACCUCUCCGAACCCUACUUCACCUGGCGACAGCUGAGUGUUGGCAACUUCUUCUGCUUGGAGCAUGCCUACAUCCAUGUCUUCCUUGACGGCCAGGUCGGCAUUCGGGUCGACGACGCCAACGAGGUGUCCAUCAUCACUGGAUGACGACGUCCGCUUUAGUCGGUGCGAUCACUGGUCAAUACGUGCGGCGUCACUGACUCUAUUUGAUGUCACUGCCAGCUCCAGCAUACGAUCAAAAGUGAACCAAGAACCUUGCAAGUACUGUAGCUCCCAGAAAGAGUUCACAGCCACAGAAGACUGGUUAAUGCAGAGUGACUGUUUUGCCACAAAAGCAAUCACUCGCUUUUGUUUUUUACGAUUCUUUCUCAGGCUUUUCACAAGUUAUGCGUUUUCAAACUGUCUUCUCGAUUGACUAAUAGUCUGUCCUCUAUAGCCUUUUAAUGAGAGUGCACACCAGUCUGCAGUUUUUCGCUUCUGUCGUCACUUUGACCACGACCUUAGUCCAUUUGACAGCUACCAUCUUGGUCAAGACGGUCACCUACAACAUUACAUUGACUUCAUUACGACACACGUGACAGAUGAAUCUCUGCUGGCGUAUCUCUGAUGAAAUUCGGAAUGUAACCAGUCUGCACUUUCUUUUCCUUGUAAUUUUUGUCGGCUUUCACAAGCAUUGGUAUUUUGCAUUUGUGCUUGUCUGUCUUACGUUUUCUCCGCUACACUGAUCAGUUUCAUGACUAAAUAGUUUUAAUCAAUUAGUUGAUUAAAAUCGGUGGCUGAUGUCCCAGUAACUCUUAGAUCAUGUUACUAGUAAAGAAAUAAACACGCUGUUUUGUGCUUGGAAUGUCUGGAACAUACCAUUAACAGAUUAUAGUGUGGCUUUUUGUCCAGAAACAACAUCACUUUUUUUCAAAGGACCUGAGUAAGCAAUGCAUUAACAUUAAUCUUUAAUGAUACUCGCGUUUUCGUUAAGUUAGCUUUUACAUUUGCGUAAGAUUUAGCAAUGGUAAUAAAAUAUAAUAUGACGACUUGAUAUCUAAAAGACACAAGGAAACACAGUUGGUUGUUGACUGCUGGUAUCAUCUAUUUGGUCGUUGGAGUUUUCUUGAUAUGUCUUUGUUAUGGAGAAGUUUAAAGGAAAAAAAAACUUUUUUGCUGUUUUUGGUCAGAAUAAAUCGUAAAGUUUUUCGAUGUUUUCAAGGCUGAAUCUGUUGUGCCAAGAGCAAAAGAACAGUGACGCCUGCUCUUGAAAUUGAAGGUGCACUUUAAAUGGGACUCUAUAAAUAAAAUACUAUAGUAAAGAAGGGAGAGAGGAGUUUUCUUG